UCUGCUUCGUCUUCAUCUCCAUCUUCCCCUUCUUAUUCAAAUCCAUCACUGGAUCAACGGCUCUGGUCUCUCGAUUCGAUCUCUCUCCCGCUUCUUCUCCUUCUCCUUCUCUUGUAUUCCAUCAAUGGCUUCCGAGUAAUUCCGAAUUCUGGUAGAUAACAGAAGAAGAUCUAAUGGCUCCUUCAAAGAAGUCUAAAUAUAAGAAGGCUUCUCGUGUUAAUGUUGUCUCCCCUAACAAAGAUGAAGAAAAUAAGAGCAAAACCAGACAACGGAAGAGAAAAUUGUCGGAUAUGUUAGGUCCUCAAUGGAGCAAGGAAGAGUUGGAACGCUUUUACGAUGCAUACCGGAAAUUUGGUAAAGAAUGGAAGAAGGUUGCGGCAUUUGUUCGAACCCGCUCUAUAGAAAUGGUGGAGGCUUUAUACACUAUGAACAAGGCCUAUUUAUCUCUUCCAGAAGGCACUGCUUCGGUGGUUGGCCUAAUUGCGAUGAUGACAGAUCAUUACACUGUAUUGCAUGGAGGAAGUGACAGUGAGCAGGAAAGCAACGAAGGCACCAACACACCUAGGAAAGGCCAGAAGCUUGCUAGAGUGAAAUCCUCAGAUCAUCUAUCCAAAGGUCUAGAGGGUCUCUCUGACCGCUUGCAAUUCAGAUCUUCCUCAGGCUCCUUGUCAUUGUUGAAGAGGAGACGUACUGAGACUGUGCCCCGUGCUGUUGGGAAAAGGACUCCUCGAAUUCCUGUUUCAUUUUCCCGUGAGAAGGAUAAAAGGGAAAGAUAUUUAUCACCUGUAAAGAGAGGUCUAAAGCUGAAGGGAGAUGCUAUUGAUGAUGACAUGGAACAUGAGAUAGCACUAGCACUGGCAGAAGCUCUGCAACGAGGUGGUUCUCCCCAGGUUUCCCGAACACCAAACAGAAAAGAAAAGAUGUACUCCCCGUAUAAGAAGGAUGAAAAAAUGCGUGCAGAAAUCGACAUGGCGAUUGCCAAGCUUCAUUCAUCUGACAUGGAUGAGGGUGGCUGUGAACUAAGCUUAGGAAGCACUGAAGCUGAUAAUGGCGAUUUUGCUGGCCCAAGAAAUUACUUGAUGCACGGAGAAGGUUCUAGUGCUGUGGAAAUGCUACAGAAGGGAAAAAGAUACUACAUGCAAAAACUAGAUGUUGACGAGAGUCCUAACAAUCGGACAGAUGAUGUAAAAGAAGCCUGCAGUGGGACAGAGGAAGGGCAACACUUAGGUCCUUGCAAGGAUAAAUUUGAACCAGAGGGGGUGGUUGAGAAUUCUUCAAAACCCACUUAUAAGAGUUCAAGGAGGAAAAGUAAAAAAGUUCUCUUUACAGCAGAUGAAGGCGCUGCAUGUGAUGCUCUCCAGACACUAGCAGAUUUGUCGUUGAUGAUGCCUGACACUGCCACAGAUACUGAGUCUUCUAUUCAAGUGAAGGAAGAAAGAGCUGCAAAAGCUGACGAGUCUGACUUAAAAGGGAGUGGUCCAGCACCCAGGUCUAAAAUGGGUUCCCUCAAGUUCUCCAAGCAGAGAAAAUCCACAACUGAUGUUCUUAGUAAUACUGAAGCAGAGAGGAAAAGUCCAAGUAGUAUUGUUAUGCGAAAAAGAAGGCAGAAAUCAUCACCAGUUAAAGUUCCUAAAGAUGAAGCUCCAUCUAGCUCACAAUUUGCAGAAUCUCCUAAUAGAAAGGGAAUAGAUGAGGGAAAGAGGCCUGUUGGUAGAGGCAAACGCUCAACAAAUAUCCCAAACUCACAUGGAAAGAAAUCAGUCAAACACCAUGACCAUACUUCCUCGAGCAACGGCAUAGUAGAAGGCAAUGGAACAGCUCUGUCAACUGCACAAACCUACAAAAAACAAGUCAACUUACCAACUAAAGGUAGACGCAGGAGAAAGACACCAGCUGAGAAGCUUCUAACGGAUGAAGAUGGGAAAAGUUCUGAGAUUCUAGUGAAUGGAUUUUCUAACACCCAGAUUCAAUCACUGAAUGACAAAUCCCUUAAUCUUAAGGAAAAGCUUUCACAUUACUUAUCUAGUUACCGAUCCCGGAGAUGGUGUGUUUUUGAGUGGUUCUACAGUGCAAUUGACUACCCUUGGUUUUCCAGACAAGAAUUUGUUGAGUACUUAGAUCAUGUAGGGCUGGGUCAUGUUCCAAGGUUUACUCGUGUUGAAUGGGGUGUCAUAAGGAGUUCCCUGGGCAAACCACGACGAUUUUCUGAACAAUUUCUGAAGGAGGAAAAAGAAAAGCUAUACCUGUACAGGGAUUCUGUAAGAAAAUAUUAUGUUAAACUUAAUGCUGGAGUGAGGGAAGGACUUCCGACGGAUCUGGCUCGACCCUUAAAUGUGGGACAGAGAGUCAUUGCUUUACACCCGAGGACGAGAGAGAUUCAUGAUGGCAGUGUGCUAACUUUUGAUCAUAGUAAAUACAGAGUUCAGUUUGACCACUCUGACCUAGGGGUGGAAUUCGUCAAGGAUACUGAAUGCAUGCCGCUGAAUCCUCUACAAAACAUACCAGCAUCACUUGCACAGCAAUAUGUCUCCUUGAAUCAUCACAUUCAGAAUCACAGUAUGCUCAAAAUGCAUGAGCAGGAAAUUGAAAACAUGCCAGAAGGAUAUCUCAAACUUUCAUGUGAGACAUUGGAGAAUUCCCGUGGGCCUCACUUGUCACCAUCCAAUUAUAAUAUCAGUAAUUCAUUGAAGCAACAGAAGGUCGAUAGCUCAAGUACAAAUUCACAAGCCCAAGUUGUAAUGGAUGAGGCUAUUCAAUCACAAUUUGUAAAUUCUCAGCCUUCAAGCUUUGCACAGGGUCAGGCAAAAGAAGCUGAUGCCCAAGCUCUUUCUGAACUCACACGCGCGCUUGACAAGAAGGAGCUAGUUCUGUCUGCCUUGAAGUGCAUGAACAGUGAGAUUGAGGAAAGUCAAAAAGAUGGGAACAAAGCUCUUAAGGAUUCUGAACCUUUCAAGAAACAAUAUGCUGCAGUUCUCUUUCAGCUUAGUGAAAUCAAUGAGCAGGUUUCAUCGGCUCUUCUUCGUUUGAGGCAGCGAAACACUUACCAGGCAAGCUCGUCAUAUAUGCCAUUCAGAUGCAUGAACACUUCAGGAGAUCCGGAUGGUCAUCUGACUUGUUUAGACAAUUCUGUUUCUGAAUCCCAUGACCAUGGACCCCAUGUGUCUGAGAUUGUGGAAAGUUCAAGAACAAAGGCACGGAGUAUGGUCAAUAGAGCUAUGGAGGCUAUGACAUCUUUAAAGACAGAGAAAAACAAUGUUGUAAAUAUCGAGGAGGCCAUCGAUUUUGUUAAUGAUAAUCUCUCAGUGGAUUGCGCGGAAGCACCAGUUCAGCGACCACAAGUUGCCCAUGAUCAGUUGCUUGCCUCCGGUCCAAAUCCAGCCAUUGAUUCUCGCUCAAAUCCACUUGGUCGGAAUGAUCCACAAAUUCCCUCAGAACUUGUCUCACGCUGUGUGGCUACUCUGCUCAUGAUUCAGAAAUGUACGGAGCGACAGUUCCCGCCGAGCGAAGUAGCGGAGGUACUGGACUCGGCCGUGGCAAGUCUACAGCCGAGUUGCUCACAGAACUUUCCGAUCUAUGCAGAGAUACAGAAGUGUAUGGGGAUAAUCAGAAACCAGAUACUAGCCCUCGUACCCACGUAAGUACAAAAUACCCCAAAAAAACUACUAGGAAAUACUACUACCAAUCUCUUUAUAAAAAAAACCCUUCAAUGAUUAGGAUUUGGAGACCACGGGUUUAGGGUUCUUCUUCCUCAGUUUCGUUGUUAUUCGCCCCCUCAACAACCAUUUUGAUUCCAAUGUGUGCAUUAAGUGAAGAAAUAAGUUGCAUUAUACGUACACUCUU